AUGGGGUGUGGACCGUCCCAGCCUGCUGAAGAACAGAGACAGGUCCCCGCGCCAAAGAAGGUCUGGGAAGAGGGCUUCAAGGCUGGUGCUGAUGUGACUAAUUCCAGGAAGAAUUGCAGACCCCAGACCAAAGCUGCUCUGGGCAGUGACACCGUGGGCAGCCCUGAAGACCUGGGAACACAGGACCAGUUAGGAAGCUUACCUGGAACUAUUCCAGAAUGUUCUCCAUGUCCCAGUGAAAGAAAUGAAAAAGUGAAUUCAGACCUAGUGACCAAUGGAUUAAUCCAUAAAUCCCAACCUCUAGAGAAUGGGGAGCGACAAAAGUCAUCAGACAUCCUGGAGGAAUUAAUCACUCAAGGAAUAAUCCAAAGCCACAACAAAGUGUUUAGAAAUGGAGAAUCAUUUGAUUUAAAUGUGAGCCCGACAGAGACACCACUGAGAAAACCACCAGCCAGACUGGAAAAACUUAAACUCAGAAAGGAAGUCAAGUUGUUCACGAUGAAGGACACAGAUGAGAAGAUGCAGGUAGCGGAGGAGCGCAGGAAGAUUAAAGAAGAAGAAAUAAGGAAAAGACUACACAGUGACCAACUUUUGCCCCCGACCCUCCACUCAGAUUCAGCUGAACUGAGACCUGAGGCUCCUUUGGCCAAAGGACAUACAACUGUGAAAUCUUCUGGGUUGGAAUCACCUGACCUGCAGGAAGGGAAGCUUUUGAAAUGGAAAAAGAGUCAGAGUGAAGCAACCUCAAAUGAGAGAAAUUACAAUGGUGAAGGUAUUGGGGUCAUGGUGGAGUCAGACAUGUCUUACAACCAAGCAGAUGACAUAUUCUAA